CCAAACCUGCCCCGAACUAAUAUCCUUUGAACCAAAACUCAAGAUAGGUCCUUAAUUAACCAUGACAAGCGAAAAGGAGAAGAUGUUGGCGGGGCAGCUUUACUGCAGCUUCGGCGAGGAGCUGCUGGGAGAGCGAACAAAGGCCCGUGCAUUAUUGCACGAGUAUAAUAAUAAAUUAGAUUAUGCCGACAUGGAGUCGCGAACUCGCGUGCUCUCCCAACUCCUCGGCGGGAUGGACGCAGCGAGCCCGCCUUUUAUUGAGCCGCCGUUCCGUUGCGACUACGGGUACAACAUAACGGUGGGAUCCGACGUCUACAUGAACUUCAACUGCUGCGUCCUGGACUGCAACAAGGUCACAAUCGGCAGUCGCGUGCUGUUCGGACCCAACGUCCAGAUCUACACGGCCGCACACCCGCUGGCCGGGAGCCUGCGCAACGGCACCAAGGGCCCCGAGUACGCGCUGCCCAUCUCCAUCGGCGACGACGUGUGGGUGGGCGGUGGCGCCAUCGUGCUGCCCGGCGUGAGCAUCGGCAACGGCUCGGUGGUGGGCGCGGGCGCGGUGGUGACGCGCAACGUGGAGCCGUACACGGUGGUGGCGGGCAACCCGGCACGGCUCGUUCGGCGGCUGAACCCGGAGGCGGGGCCGCUGAAACCGGAGGAGGCGGCCGCGGCGGUGGCGGAGGCGGAGGCGGACGUGGCGGCAAAGGCGGCGCGCGCCACCAACGGCAGCAGCAGCGCAUGAGGCGGUGAUUGUGCGGAGAUGCUUUGCAGGCUGUGCACAAGUGCGGGAGUUCUUGGAGAGAUCGUUGUAGGCUGCGAGGCGGUUUGUGUGGAGUGCGUGCAGCUAGGGCGCGCUGCUGUUGGCUUGCGGCCUCGCACGUUCGGGGCGGUGAUGGGGUGGGGCGGGCACUUCGCGGUCCGCCAACUCAUGAUGCCGUUGCCGUGUGUGUAGCAGAAAACGAUGCUACAGUGCUGACACGCGGGUCCUCCCCGCCCUUCCGUUGUUGCUGGUACUUAGGAGCCGUGUCAAGAAGCGAGCCUGCUGUGCGGUGAGGUGUCGAUGCUGGUGCAAGAAGUUAGAGGGUGUGUGAUUUAGAAGUGCAUGCGGGCUGGCGAUGCAGGUUGGCGUGCCCCGGCCCCCGGCGGGGGCGCGGCGCACCCAUGCAUUUCACGGGUGUAGAGGGCGUGCAGCCUUGCUUGUCAGGGCUGCCGUGUCUGGGCGUCUACUGUCAUCAAGAGUCGUCGCGGUCGCUGCUUCUGUGCGCGGGCCUGCAAUGCUCGGCACAAGCGGCUGUGUGCUCCUCUGUGUGUAGCAAGGAUCUGCA